AUGGUCAGUGAGAAGGUUGGCGGUGCAGAGGGAACGAAACUGGAUGAAGACUUCAAAGAUUUGGAAAGGGUAUAAUGCCUCUUUGACUCUACAUGAAAUACGUUAGAAUUCUAUAUAUUAGGCCUAUCCAUUCGGCAAAUAUAUUUACAGGUUUACAGAAUGGCAUCAGGGAAAAGGCUAAUAAGUUAACACAACCAGACACACAUAGCCCAACAACACAGUGCAUGAAUAGAUAUGCCCUACAGUGUUACAUAAUACAGUAGUGAUGGUGUUAAUAAUACAGCCACGUUCACAAUACCUUACUUGCAUAUGGCCAUAAAGUCUAGACUACCAUGCACUAGAAGGGAGUGUUGCAUCAUGCAUAGCUGUCGACUGAAGUGAAGAGUCAGCUGUUAGUGAGCAGUCUCAGUUUGCAUGCUGGGUACAGUAUGUCAGUAUAGUAUUCAUAGGGGAGCCCUGUGAAUAGAUCCAUAGAGUGGCAGACUGGCAGCACACCUGCCUUUUCUGCUCCAGCCAACUGUCAUGGAGAACUCCAGCAAUCAACAGAAAAGGCCUUCACUGUAGUGGUCUACUGUACAGACCUCCGCUGAAUGAACAUUGGUUGUUGAUUGGUUGUUUCACAAAGUCAGUUUCAUUUAACAGUACAAUUAGCGAAGUGACAAUAUUUCAUUAACUUUUUCAUUGCCUAUUUGGAAACUAGUCUCAUCGCAAAUAAAGGAUUUGGAAAAUAUUAAAGGAACGACAUUGUGUUUCAUAUUUCCUUGUGAUUGUUAGUGACGUCCCCUCCCCUGUGUUUUGUAGAAAGUAGAUGUGACCAGCAAAGCUGUGGUGGAGGUCAUAUCUAAAACAUCAGAGUACCUGCAGCCUAACCCAGGUAAGGCAAUGAACCAGAAAGAGACUUAGUGUCUUAAUUAGACUUUCAAUUAAAAUUAAUAUUAGAUGUGUAAUUGGUGGUGGAAAAUGCCUUUUAUACUAUAUCACAGAUAUACAGUAGCUUGAACACAAGUCCUAUAACUGCCACCGCUCCAUCCCUCCCUCUCACUGUCUCCCUUUCUCUGUCCCUUUCUCAGCAUCGCGGGCGAAGCUGUCUAUGUUGAACACUGUGUCUAAGAUCAGAGGCCAGGUGAAGAACCCAGGCUAUCCCCAAGCUGAGGGCCUGCUGGGAGAGUGUAUGGUCAAGUACGGCCGGGACCUAGGGGAGGAAACCAACUUCGGUACGUUGUGUCCGUCUGCCUUUCUGUCUGUGAGUGUGUAUGCCUGCCAGUGCAUAGAUGGCAUCUGUUUUGUGGAGUGGUGAAUUGAAUCUAUUGAUGUGAUUCAGCGUCUGCUCUUACUGUGUCAGGUGGGGCUCUAGUAGAUGCGGGGGAGACCAUGAAGAGGCUGGCGGAGGUUAAGGACUCUCUAGACAUCGACGUCAAACAGAACUUCAUCGAUCCAUUACAAAAUCUGUGUGACAAGGACCUCCGAGAGAUACAGGUACUGUAUCACAUUACAAACGUAUAUAUCCGCUGCUGAAAACCAACCUCUUUGUCAUCUCUCUAGUUUGAACUGAAUGUGAUUUACAUCCCUCAUCCACCCAUCUCUUCUCCCCCAUCUCUUCUCCCCCCUCCUCCUCUCCUGCCAUCCCCCAGCACCAUCUAAAGAAGCUGGAGGGAAGGCGUCUGGACUACGACUAUAAGAAGAAGCGCCAAGGGAAGAUACCAGAUGAGGAGCUGAGACAGGCCCUGGAGAAGUUCCACGAAUCUAAAGAGGUGGCCGAGAUCAGCAUGUACAACAUACUGGAGACUGACGUA